AUGGCUUGGGAUGAAGAGUACGACACGGUCAGCGUAGGCUCAGGGAUUGGGGGACUUUCCGCCGCCAUCACUGCGGCGGAACAUGGAGCGAAGGCAUUGGUGCUUGAGAAAUUUGAGCUGCUUGGGGGAGUAUCAGCCUUGUCGUCUGGACAACUUUUCCCAGGCCCUAAUCACUUGGCUGAAGCAGCGGGAAUUGAAGACAGGCCAGAAAUGGCCAGGCAGUACAUUGACCACUUAGGUCAAGGACAAGCGAUGCCAGAGAUUCGUGACGAAUAUUUGUCAGGAUCUCGAGAGUGUUUGUUAUUCUUUGACAAGAUCAUUGGCAUUCCAAUGCAAGUUAUCCAAGGGCUGCCCGACUACUACUAUCCAUCUGUGCCCGGCUCGGCGCCCGAAGGGCGGUAUGUUGAGGUAAGACCUUUUGCAGCUUCACAGCUAGGGGAUUAUCAAAAGAAGGUGUUAAUCUCUCCGUAUGGUCUCUACUACAGCUACUCCACCUCUUCGGAGUGGGUAGAGAUGCAGCAAGGCGGAGAAUCUCUAAGAUCUUGCAUCCAACGCCACGUUACCAACGACGAGCGAUGCGCAGGAGCUGGAAUGGCAGCUGCCCAAGUUUUGGCGGCCCUUAAUCGUGGUGUCAACCUGCGUACUUCUACUGAAGUCAUCGAGCUAAUCACCGAUGACAAUGACGGACGUGUCAUAGGUGUUGUGGCACGCGAUAGGGCUGGAACCCACCGCAUUCGGGCUCGUCGUGGCGUCAUCCUUGCCACCGGAGGAUACGAUUGGAACAAGCCAUUUGUACGCAGAUUUGAUGGCCUUCCAGAUACUGGUAGUAUGGCGCUUCCUACAGUCACAGGUGACCAUAUCGUGCUUGCAUCCAAGCUGGGUGUUAUACCCAUGCCCUCGAGAGUACCGUCUCAAUCCCCGAUAUUCGUGGGAUACAAAGUCCCCACGGAGUUGAUUUACGGGAUAAAGCCCUCUUACCGCCUUCUGGUUCCAGGUCAACCCCAUUCAAUGAUCGUCAACCGCAAGGGUAAGCGCUUUUCAAACGAUUCUUUCUAUCCCGAUGUGGUGACCAAGGCCGCGCGCUUCGAUGGGCAGGAAGAUGGUAUGGUCAACUGGCCUGCAUGGCUGGUCUUUGAUCAAAGGAUGCUGGAUCGGAAGGGUCUGCUACCAGUAUUGGCAGGUCAGCCACUCCUAGAAGGAAUGGCUUCCUCUGCCCAGAGUUUGUCUGAAUUGGCGAAUGAGAUAGGUAUUGAUGGGAAUGGUCUUCAGCAAACUGUGGAGCGAUUCAACUGCAUGUGCAGUAAUGGUGUGGAUGAAGACUUUCAGCGUGGAAUAAACCCCUGGGGCAGACUGAUGGCGGGCGAUCCGAAACUGAAGAAUCCCAAUAUGGCCCCAGUGUCUCAGCCCCCCUUCUACGCCGUGAGGCUGGAACGCGUGACUAUGGGAGUGCCGACAGCUGGUCUUCCUACCGACCAAAAUGGACGCGUAAAGAACGCCGCCGGGGACGUGAUCGAUGGACUUUAUGCCGUUGGCAACUCGUCAGCAUGGAUGGAUUGGGGAGGAGGCUUCAACAGCGGCAUCGCCGGAAUGCGCGGUUUGCUCUAUGGGUAUCGUGCAGCACUCCACAUGACUGCAUUCUGA